CCUUCUCUAAAAAUUUGUCAAAAGUUUGUGGGGGCACUGAGGCAGGGGAUAUUUGCUUACUGCUCUGCUUUCAGCUCUGUUCAGCUCUAGAGAGAGAAAAUAAAAAGAAAAAGAGAGAAAAAAAAAAAAGAAGGAAAAAAAAAAAGAUGGAGAGGGAAAUGGAAAUGAAACUUUCUAAAUUCAAGAGGAUUUGUGUGUUUUGUGGUAGUAGUCCUGGGAAGAAGAACACUUAUAAGGAGGCUGCUAUUGAACUUGGGAAGGAAUUGGUUUCAAGGAACAUUGAUCUGGUUUAUGGAGGAGGAAGUGUUGGUUUGAUGGGUUUAAUCUCUCAAGCUGUCUAUGAUGGUGGUCGUCAUGUCAUUGGAGUUAUUCCCAAGACACUCAUGCCUAGAGAGAUAACCGGAGAAACAGUGGGGGAAGUAAAAGCAGUAGCAGAUAUGCACCAAAGGAAGGCAGAGAUGGCUAGAAAUUCUGAUGCUUUUAUUGCCUUACCUGGUGGUUAUGGGACACUUGAAGAGCUUCUAGAAGUCAUAACCUGGGCUCAACUUGGCAUCCAUGACAAGCCGGUGGGAUUGUUAAAUGUGGAUGGAUACUACAACUCGUUGUUGUCAUUUAUUGACAAAGCAGUAGAGGAAGGCUUUAUUAAUCCAACAGCACGCCAUAUAAUUGUCUCUGCCCCUACUCCAAAGGAGUUAGUCAAGAAAUUGGAGGAAUAUUUCCCUCGGCAUGAAAGAGUAGCUUCAAAAUUAAGCUGGGAGAUUGAACAGUUCGGCUGCUCCCCAAAAUUUGACAUCUCAAGGUGAAAUUGAAAUGACUACUAGGCCGGAAAGAGGAUGGCCCAUUGGUGAUGAAAGGGACUAAUUUUUACAUGACUAAACCUUCCUGAAGUGGAAAUUCCUUUCUUUCUUUCUUCUUGUAAUUUUUUUUUUUUUCCCACUUUUCUCUGCUAGUGUAAACUCUAAAAUGUUGUCCUCAAAAGAAUGUAGUUUGAUUUCUCUUUUGAAGAAGUUUUGUUUUCUUAUGUUAGCUCCAUUUGGUCGUCAAAUCCCAAAAGCCUAGGAAUCAAAGGAAAAAAAACAAAGACGGACAUUUAUGAGGAUUUUUAUGAAGAAACUGGUUUAGAACUUA